UUCAGUAUGCAUCUGGGCUUUUGACUGGAAUGAUUAUAAACGGGAACCAUUCAUGUAUGAUGUACAGUCCUUUGUUAGAAUAUGGAUUAAUACAAACUGUUUUUUUUCCUUUUUUUUUUCUAAAAAAACAAGGAAAAUAAGAAUAGAAGUUAGAAGAAUGGAAUCAGAUAUUUACUUUUAAUUCUUAAAAGUUCUGGAUUCUAGUUUCUGUAAGCAUCAUAGGACUGUUUGUUUCUUUUUAUUUAUCAUUUGUAGUAAAACAGAGAUGUGCUGCUGAGACUAUCACAACUGUAUCAUAGUAUUAGUAUCAAUGCACUGUGAUAGAUUUCAUAAUUUUCAUUUUGAUUAUGUUUAUUUUGGUCACAGCAUUUUUUUUCUUUUCCAUUUUUGAACAUGCAAUCGUGUCAACAUUGUUUUCAUAACACAAAAAAAAGGGGGUAAAGCAUAAGAAUAUUUGAUAAUAGAAGUUUCAGUGAGGCAACAAGGAGAGGGUUGGUUCGCCUGUGCCAACCAACUCUGUCCGAAAUCAAUCAAUGCGGGGAUUGCACACAGAGUCGCGUCAGCAUAGCGUAGCAGACAUUGAAUGCAACGUUGGCCUUUAUAACGACAACAACACAACGCGCAUUUAAUUCACUCCAACGGCCCUCUUUACAGAAGUGACUACUGAUACCACAUAACGUUAGUUCCAUUCACUUACAUCACAAUCCUCUAAAAAUCAUCCAAGAUGGCACACCCCAUAGCGGAGGCCGACGACACCAGUCCCUUUGGCUCAUCCACGCCUGAAGACUUCUACGCCCGCCACUCCGUCGUCCACGAUUCUCAGUACAUUACCAACUCCAGUGGCCUCAAGCUCUUUACCCAGUGGUGGACCCCACUCCCCCCUACCCCCAUUACUGCCGUUCUCGCUGUCGUCCAUGGCUUCACCGGUGAGUCCAGCUGGUUCGUUCAGCUCACCUCCAUCUUCUUCGCCAAGACAGGCUUUGCCGUCUGUGCCAUCGAUCACCAGGGCCACGGAUUCUCUGAUGGCCUCAUCGCUCACAUUCCGGAUAUCAACCCUGUCGUCGAUGAUUGCAUCGCCUUCUUCGACGAAUUCCGAUCCCGCUACUCCCCGUCGCUUCCGGCUUUCCUCUACGCCGAGUCCCUUGGUGGCGCCAUCGCCCUUCUUAUCACGCUCCGCCGCGUGGGAUCCUGGGACGGGAUCAUCCUUAACGGUGCCAUGUGCGGGAUAAGCGCCAAGUUCAAGCCGCCCUGGCCGCUAGAGCACCUGCUCUUCCUCGUCGCCGCCGUCAUCCCUACGUGGCGCGUGGUACCCACGCGCGGCUCGAUUCCUGACUUGUCUUUCAAAGAAGAGUGGAAGCGGCGGCUGGCCCUUGCGAGUCCGCGGCGACCUACGGCGAGGCCGAGGGCCGCAACGGCGCUGGAGCUCCUAAGGGUCUGCAGGGAGCUGCAGGGGAGGUUUGAGGAGGUGGAGGUGCCCUUGCUGAUCGUCCACGGCGGAGAAGACGUGGUUUGCGACCCGGCGUGCGUGGAGGAACUGUACCGACGCGCCGCCAGCAAAGAUAAGACGAUCCGAAUUCACCCUGGGAUGUGGCAUCAGCUUAUUGGGGAGCCCAAGGAGAGUGUUGAUAUAGUGUUUGGGGAAAUGGCUGACUGGCUACGAACCCGUGUCCAACGCGCCCGUGCGAGUUGAGUGUGACGCACGUGCCGCCGCUGGGUAUGGUGGCUCGCCUCUCACAUUUUCUUUAAAAGGUUAAAUCGCAUCUUAUUGGACUUUAAUAAAAAAUUGGAGAAGUAGGGGGUUUUGUAGCAUGUGACACUCUUUAUUUAUGACUUGGUGCAGUGUCGAUGGUGUUAUUCAAGAUCUUAGCUUCCAAUGAAUAUUCCUCUCUUAUUGAAAA